AUGGCAUCCAAUUCCGUCAAAGACGCUGCCAGCAGCGCUACCGUCUCUGCCAAAGAGGCCUCGCAGUCCGCGAUUGAGAAUCCCACGCAAACCACUCAGAACUUCUUGCACCACCCAUACAUUCGUGCUGCUCUCCCGUUCAUCAACGGCGGUCUCGCCGGCAUGACUGCCACCGUCGUUAUCCAGCCCGUCGACAUGGUCAAAGUGCGUCUGCAGCUCGCCGGCGAAGGCGCUCGCACUGGACCACGCCCAUCCGCCCUGGGCAUCACCAAGGAUAUCGUCGCAUCCGGCAAAGUCCUCGAUCUAUACACGGGUCUCUCCGCCGGUCUCCUUCGCCAAGCAGUGUACACAACCGCACGCCUGGGUUUCUUCGACACAUUCAUCAAGAAGCUGAACGCCCGCGCCGAUGCCGCGGAGCGUAAAGUCACCUUCGCUGAGCGCGCCGCCGCAGGCCUCAGCGCCGGCGGUAUCGCCGCCAUGAUCGGAAACCCCGCCGACCUUGCCCUCGUGCGCAUGCAAUCUGACGGCCUGAAGCCCCCCGAGGCCCGCGCUAACUACCGCUCCGUCUUCGACGCUCUUAUCCGAAUCCCUCGCUCCGAAGGCGUCGCUGCUCUCUGGGCCGGCGCCCUCCCCACCGUUAUCCGAGCCAUGGCGCUCAACAUGGGUCAACUUACCUUCUUUGCGGAAUCCAAGGCCCAGCUGAAGCAGCACACCAAUCUUUCGACCCAGAACCAGACCUUCGCCGCCUCCGCGAUUGCCGGUUUCUUCGCCUCUUUCCUUUCUCUGCCCUUCGACUUCAUCAAGACUCGUCUCCAGAAGCAGCAGAAGGAUCCGAAGACCGGUCAACUGCCGUACCGGGGUGUCCUGGAUUGCGCGCGCAAGGUCGUCGCAGAGGAGGGAUGGUUGCGCUUCUACCGUGGCUUUGGCACGUACUACGUGCGGAUCGCACCUCACGCGAUGGUAACCCUCAUCGUGGCCGAUUAUCUCAACAUAAUCACCAAAUAG